CGCCAGCGUCACUCAGCUUUUUGUGGCAAUCUUUACGUUGGGGUUUUGGGCAGAUAUAUAUAUAUAUAUAGUAUAUAGAUGAGUUGGGGUGGAGCGCAGCGGAGAGAGAUAAGACCGGAUGGUCAAAGCCAGGGAAGCCCUUUCCCUGGUGACGCAGCGCCCCGGGGGAGUUCUGUGCCGAGCUGGGCGUUCUGAUUGCGCCUCCUCUCGCCCGCGGGCGGCCAACCAGAGGCGGAGGCGGAGGCGCCGGAGGAGGAUGUAGCGGGAGCCGCGGAGGAAGACUCCAGGGGGCCGCAGAGCGCGCGCAAGGGAGGCUCCGCGUUGCGCACGGCUUCUGUCUGGCGAGCCCGCCCUGAUGGAGGAUCCCGUUAGCUCGGCGCUGCUGGCGGCCGCCGGGCUGCUGCUGGCGCUAUGGUGGCUGCUGGGCCGCCGCCGGUCGCUGCAGGGGCUCCCGCCGGGUCCCAAGCCGUGGCCUUUGGUGGGCAACUUCGCCUUCGCCUUGGUGCCCAACCCGAUGGUGCGCAAGCGGCUACUGGGUAUCGACCGGCAGCAGCAGCAGCUCCCCAAAGGCGAAGGCGGCGCCGGGAGGGAGCAGCAGCAACAGCCCCCCAAGGGCGAAGGCGGAGGCGGCGCUCCCCGGCCCAUGUCGGCCCAUCUGGUACUCACCGCCCUGGCCAAGAUCUACGGCAGCAUCUUCAGCCUGUUCGUGGGCAGUCGGCCGCUCAUCAUGCUCAGCGACUUCGAGGCCGUGCGGGACGCCCUGGUCAACCAGGCCGAGGUCUUCAGCGACCGGCCCAGCGUGCCCCUCGUGGCCCUCAUCUCCAAGAGGAAAGGUGUGGUGUUUGCCCCUUACGGCCCGGUGUGGAAGAAACAGAGGAAGUUCUCCCAUUCAACCCUCCGUCACUUUGGAUUAGGAAAGCACAGCUUGGAGCCUAAAAUAAUCGAAGAAUUCAAGUAUGUGAAAGCAGAGAUCUUGAAGCACGGGGACAAGAAGUUCAACCCCUUCCCCAUAAUCGGCAACGCCGUGUCAAACGUCAUCUGCUCGAUGGCGUUUGGCAGGCGCUUUGACUAUGACGAUGCCAGCUUCAAGACCAUGCUGAAGCUGAUGUCUCGUGGUCUGGAGAUAAGCCUGAACAGUCACAUGAUUCUGGUCAACAUCUGCCCUUGGCUCUACUACCUCCCAAUCUAUCCUUUCCGAGUGCUCAGGCAGAUUGAGCUGGAUAUCACGGCCUUCCUGAAGACUAUUAUCACACAGCACCGGGAAACCCUCGAUAGCCAGAAUCCCCGAGACUUCAUCGACAUGUACCUCCUUCAUGCAGAUGAGGAAAGGAAGAUAGACAGCGAGAGCAGCUUCACUGAAGACUACCUGUUUUUUAUUAUUGCGGACCUUUUCAUCGCAGGCACGGACACAACAUCCAAUACCCUUCUCUGGAGUCUGCUUUACAUGUCGCUUCACCCACAGGAACAAAAAAAGGUCCAGGAAGAAAUUGAGUUGGUCAUUGGGCGCAAUAGGCCCCCUACCCUUGCGGACAAGGCACGCAUGCCCUUCACAGAAGCAACCAUCAUGGAAGUUCAAAGGAUGACGGUGGUUGUCCCUCUUUCGAUUCCUCGAAUGGCCUCAGAAACUACAGUGCUCCAGGGCUACACUAUCCCAAAGGGCAGUGUAAUCAUUCCAAACUUGUGGUCCGUGCACCGAGAUCCCAACAUAUGGGAGAAUCCGGAUGAUUUCCACCCAGCAAGGUUUCUGGAUGAAAAUGGCCAGCUCAUCAAAAAAGAAACAUUUAUUCCCUUUGGAAUUGGAAAACGUGUGUGCAUGGGAGAACAACUUGCCAAGAUGGAGCUGUUCUUGAUGUUUGUCAGCCUCCUGCAAAAUUUCACAUUUCAAUUUCCCGAAGACAUGGAGAAGCCAUCAAUGGCAGGAAGAUUUGGCCUGACUUUAGCUCCAUUUCCAUUCAACAUAAUUGCCUUAAAGAGAUGAAGGAACCUCGUUCAAGAACACUGCAUGAAGUUUGUAUUACUCUUACGGAAAUCCAGGGCUAUAUUUGAAAUGCACUUCAGUAACAAAAUCGCCAACCCUGAGCAGGGAUAGGAACCCUGCAGCCCACAGGGUACCCACAGGCUCAUAAAGCACUUUCCCCAUAGCCUGUGGGCUCUUCCAUUAAAUGUGUUGAAACUUUCUGAAUGCGGAAAAGGAAUAAAAGUUUCUAGUCCUCAAAGUUGUCGGAUGGCAGGUGACAACUGGUGCAGAGACUGUUAAUGGAAGUGUCAGGCAUUGAGUGGCUUUUUAUAUUAGUUUUACAUGCAACAGUGGGUAUCUCUUAUACAGGAGUCGUGACAUCCUUUAAAAUGGGCGCAUUGAAGGUACAGAGAGAUGUGUAAUAAAAACAGGAUUUGCUGUGGUUUUUGCUCCUGUGGGGUGAGUCUGACUUCUAUCCGCCUUCACUGUGAAAAGAGCAGCCUUACGUACUCCUGAUUCAAGUCUUCAGGGUUGCCUUUCCCUCAUGUUUCAGACGGAUUGACUGCUUUUCUUUCUUUCUUUUUAACUUUCAAAGCAUUGAGUGUGCAUUUGUUCCAUUAAAUGUGCAUUUCAUCCCCUAUAAUACUAAAACCAUGGAAGCAUUUCUGAAGUGUUGAAAACUCUCGCGGAGGCGGGUUAGUGAUGUCACCAUUCCGGACAAUCAGUGCUGUGCACAGCUGCUUUCUAAGAACAUAAAGAAGAGCCUGCUGGCCCAUCUAGUCCAGCAUCCUGUUCUCACAGGGGUCUGUAGGAAACCAGCAAGCAGGAUUUGAGCAGAAGAGCUCUCACCUCUCCUGUGGUUUCCAGCAACUGGUAUUCAGAAGCAUUGCUGCCUUCAACCAUGCAGAAUCUCUUUCCUCUUAGUCCAAGGAGGGAGAAGAUCACUUCCACAGGAGGCUCACAGCUCAAAUUAUAUAUACAUCUGUAGGUACACACGGUUUGUCUCUUGGUAGCUCUGUUUAUUCCUGUAAUGGGGAUAUGAAGACACAAAUGUUAAUGCAUGGAUCCACACACAACAGGAACAUUUUGUGUGCGUGGUUAGCAUGAAUUUAGGCAAUUGCAUCCCUUCACUGUGCUAUCUGUGUGCAUCUGAAUUACGGUAAUUUUAAAUAAGGGCCAUGUAGGAAGAUGGCAGGCACACAACUGUUCCCCCAGACAUAUGCAUGUAUGGUAAUAAUACAUGCAUAUCCUGGGAAGUAAAGCCAUACUGCCAAAGCCUUGGGCUGGCCUUUUUGGCAGGUGAUAAGCUGCUUUGAUAUUAUCAUGGAGUUCAUUUCCAAUUCAUUACCAUGUAAAGGAAGUAGUGACUUGAGACAAAUGGGGGAGGAGCUUAUGAAUCAACACUGUGCAGGUAUGAGCUACAGAAAGCCUGAAGUGCAGAGAAACCUUUAGGGAAGGUGACUCGGACUCCUUGGGCCAUUCUUAGUUAACUGGAAACUUCAAUGGAAAAACUAAAAUUGCACUGCUAAUUUUCAGCUGACUACUGUUAAACAGCCAGAGUGUGGCAGGGGCGAUAUGGCUGGCAAUGCAACUGAUUCUUUGUAUGGCAUGUAAGGCCUCUUGUAAUAAGGCAGCCUUUUUAAUGAAGCACUUUAUAAUUUUGUCAGGAUUCAAAGAUCUGUAUUUCUAUAUUUUAGUAGGUGUUAAGAGCCUCAUGAAUGAUAAUAUAUAUUACAUGGAUUGCCUAUAUCUUGCUGAUGUUUACCUGGCCUGCUUUAUUUCUUCCCCUUCCCCCAUGAAAAACAAAACAAAACGAAUGCCUUGUUUAGAAUUUUAGUAUGGAAUAGAUCAUUGCUGUUAGAAACUAGCAUUUGAGAUCAUUGCUGACUAUUUUUUAAAGGUGCCUAUCUUUCUAAAUACAGCCUGAGAUCUGUUUCUCAGUAUGAAUCUUUAUCUAAAUAAACCUUUUUAUUUUAAAAAGCAAUACUGUCUGGAAGCCGAUUUUGCUUUUUAAACAGAUAUUUUGAACAUCGAUUGUUAGCUGGUUUCUUAUUGGUCCCUCAUCUACAGUACAUUUUGAGUGAUUACUGUAAGUUUAUGUAGCCGAAACAAUACCAUCACUGCACAGAAGGGGAGUUAUAGAAGGCUUAGAGAAACCCUGAGAUUUGCAGAUGUACAAAAAAAUAGAGGGAGGACUCUGUUUUUGAAACUGGUGAGUGAAUAUACUUUUUUUUCCCAGGAGGAAUGCAAUGGCGAUGUGGAAAGGAAGGCAUGCUAGGGG